AUGGAGACCAGAGUCAAUGAUCUCACUGCUGGGAAAAGUCAGUUGGAGACCAGAGUCAAUGAUCUCACUGCUGGGAAAAGCCAGUUGGAGACCAGAGUCAAUGAUCUCACUGCUGAGAAGAGACAGUUACACAACAGUUUAAACUCUUUGAGUCAGAAGAAACUGGAUUUGGAGACCAGAGUCAAUGAUCUCACUGCUGAGAAAAGCCAGUUACAGAGCAACUUCACCUCUUUAAGUCAGAAGAAACUGGAGAUGGAGACCAGAGUCAAUGAUCUCACUGCUGGGAAAAGCCAGUUGGAGACCAGAGUCAAUGAUCUCACUGCUGAGAAAAGCCAGUUACAGAGCAACUUCACCUUUUUAAGUCAGAAGAAACUGGAGCUGGAGACCAGAGUCACUGAUCUCACUGCUGUGAAAAGCCAGUUACAGAGUAACUUCACCUUUUUAAGUCAGAAGAAACUGGAGCUGGAGACCAGAGUCAAUGAUGUCACUGCUGAGAAAAACCAGGUACAGAGCAACUUCACCUCUUUAAGUCAGAAGAAACUGGAGAUGGAGACCAGAGUCAAUGAUCUCACUGCUGGGAAAAGCCAGUUGGAGACCAGAGUCAAUGAACUCACUGCUGAGAAAAGCCAGUUACAGAGCAACUUCACCUUUUUAAGUCAGAAGAAACUGGAGAUGGAGACCAGAGUCAAUGAUGUCACAGCUGAGAAAAGCCAGUUACAGAGCAACUUCAACUCUUUAAGUCAGAAGAAACUGGAGCUGGAGACCAGAGUAAGUGAUCUCACUGCUGAGAAGAGACAGCUACAGAGCAACUUCACCUCUUUAAGUCAUAAGAAACUGGAGCUGGAGACCAGAGUCAAUGAUCUCACAUCUAGGAAAAGCCAGCUGGAGACCAGAGUCAACAAUCUCACUGCUGAGAAGAAACAGUUACAGAACAGUUUAAACUCUUUGAGUCAGAAGAAACUGGAGUUAGAAACUAAGCUAACAAAGUUACAAGAAACUGGGUGCCUUUUCAUGUCCAAUGAGGAGAAGAGCUGGUCUGACAGCAGGCAGUACUGCAGGAAUCAUGGUGGUGAUCUGGUCAUUAUCAACACUGAAAAGAAGCAGAUGUUCAUAUCUUCAUUCGUCAAGGAAAGGAUGUGGAUUGGUUUGUCUGACAGAGAGGAAGAGGGCAACAUGAAAUGGGUGAAUAAUUUACCACUGAAACAAGGGUUUUGGUUCAGAGGGGUGGCUCCCGACGCUGAGGGCGACCACGACCACGAGGAGCAGGAUGAACCGCAUGACCCUGGUGGAAAUCCAGUAGUAAGGUGGGAUCUAGUAUAUCGUCUCUGGGCACCCAGGAUCGUUCCUCGGGUCCAUACCCCUCCCAGUCCACGAGGUAUUCUAGGUGGCCCCCUCGACACCAUGAGUCCAGGAUCUCGUGGACCGUAA